AUGACAAUCGAGCAAUUGAUACGAUUUUUCCAACGCAAACGCCCCUCCAGGGUCACCGACAUUAUCAUCAAUUUAGGCGCUGGACUCUUGUUUGUAGUGGCCAGAGUAUUACUUUUGGGAACCGUUUUGAACAUAUUUUACUUCUUCUACGACAACUACCGUAUCGUUGAUCUGCCGAAGACCUGUAUCUCCACUUGGUUUCUAUCGCUCCUACUAAUUGAGUUCGUGUACUAUUGGGUGCACCGGUCUCUCCACGAGAUCAACCUAUUCUGGGCCAGUCAUCAGUUCCAUCACAACGCAGUCGACAUAGACGUGUCCACAACACUGAGGGACACUCUCAUCGAUCUCGUCAUCUAUGAAUUUUUCCCGACACCACUAGCCCUGAUCAUCCCACCACCCAUACUACUGGUGCACAUGCAGUUCUCGCUCAUCUAUCAGGUAUGGCUGCACACGGAGGUGGUCACCCAUUUGGGACCACUGGAGUACAUAAUCAAUACGCCCCGUCAGCACCGGGUGCACCAUGGCAAGAAUCGCUACUGUAUUGACAAAAACUAUGGCGCACUCAUCAUGAUAUGGGACCGGGUGUUCGGCACAUACCAGGCCGAGGAGGAGAAGAUCACAUUCGGAACCACUACUGAGCCCUACAAGACAUACGACACGACCACUCUUCACUUCUACUACUAUUACGACACCGUUUGGCAUAAAUUCAAAGCAAUGGACAAUUGGAGCGACAAAAUGAAGGCAUUGUUUUAUGGGCCGGGAUGGGCACCGGGCAAACCCCGAACAGGACUUCUGACAGACAUACCCGAAGUAGACCCGUACACACCGGCCGAGCGCUACGACCCAUACAUCCCAUUCUGGCAGUUGUUUUACUGCAUGUCUCACGGCUUUCUGGUUGCCCUCGGCUUCUAUGUGGUCACUGAUCACCCAUUGAUCCGAUUCUCGCACUUAAACUCAUUGAUUAUCUUCUUCUAUGUUAUGCUUGCGUUGACCUCUUUUGGCACUAUCUUUGACCGAAGAUCGGUGGCGCCGUUAGUCGAAGUGAGCCGUUGUUUGCUAUACUUCCUGUUCGACACAUAUGUGAUCAGCUCAUGGAUGGACUCAUCGUUGGCGCCCCACUUGCGAGGACUCACCGAAUCAGUGUUGACGGUCGUGAGGGUCAUCCACUUCAUGUCAAUCGUGUUGUGGCUAAUGGUGUGGUUGAGUCGCACGAACCGACGCUGUAAAGAGACUUAUGACAAGCUGUCGCUCAUGAAAGAGGACAAGUAUAUCGACAACUAUACCAUCGACAAGAAUCGGACGGACAGCUGGCGGGUGGGACGCCGUAUGGCUUUCAUGGGGGGCGCCGUCUCAUCGUUUGUCAUACUAUUCAUGGUGUUUGCCCUCCGGUUUGACGAAUGCACUCAAUUCCUGAACCCCAUAAAAGUCGAGUUAUAA